AUGUCCUCGGUAAGUCUACUGGAGAAGGUGCCUCAGCCGUGGGCACCGCUGGUGCGGCCGUUCCUGCAGCGCUCGCAUGAGUUUGAGAAUAAGGAGCCGCUCGUGGCGUAUUACCUGCGCACCCACGUCGCAUUUCUUUGCAUGCGGCUGCGGAAGAAGGAGGACAAGGCCGGCACUGCCUUCCUCAUGACCCUGCUAGACGCGCUGGAGGCGAGUAAAACGCAGCUCAGUGCGCAACUGCACGGCACUGAUGGCCGAACGGUGCUCACCAAGUUUGCACUCGUGCUCUUCGCCCGUGCCGAUGACGCAGAGCGGACUGGAAAUGCAUCCAUGGCGAUUGUGCGGAUGUUUUACACCGCGUCCGUACUGCUCGAGGCGACGGCGCAGUUCACUGAGGACGGCGCCAUGGACUCGAUUGCCGCGCAGAAGUGCAAGUACGCCAAGUACAUUGCAGCCCGCAUGAAGAAGGCGCUUGACAGGAAGGAGCCGUACGUGAGCCCCAACAAGCUGGAGGCUGUGGAUAGCGAUGCGGCAGGCGAUGGCAGCACCGCGAAUGGCGCGGGACAGGCAGCCACAUUCACAACGGUGCCGGCGAGCUGCUUCACGCGUCCGACAUCUCUGCCCACGUCCACCUCCAGCUGGACGCCAACGCCGAGCACCGGGCAGGACAACUCACGUGCUCCACCGUAUGCGCCGCCACCGGCGAUGCUGAAGCUUGACACGCCGCCGCCAGACUACACAUACGUCGCAAACACUCAGGGGAGCAGCAAUAUAUCAGCGCAGCCGCCGCCCAAGAAGAACAUGUCCGCGACACCGAAGCCUCAGCAACCACCACAGCAGCAGCAGCAGCAGCGCCAGCGGCUCUCCACCAGCCACAGCGCCACACCAAUCUCAUCCUCCUCGCAGCAGCAGCAGCAGCAACUCUGUGCGACCCCGCCGAACGCCGGCGGAGUCAGUGCGACGAAUUUCAAGCCCUCCGUAGACCAGAUGAUCGAUGCACAGAAGUUUGCUAGCCAGGCAGUCAGUGCGCUGCAGUUCUACGACUACGAUACUGCAAAGCAGCAGCUGGUGGCGGCGCUGCGAGUGCUGAACGGGGCCCGGUGA